AUGCAGCCAUUGGAAGAGCAAGAGGACCCGAGCUUCGCAUCUGUGGUGGAGCCUGCGCAGCUGCAGCGACCUCACUGUGAUCAAUGCCUCGUUGCCAUCGCCGACUACGAGUGUUUACGCUGUGUCCAACGCUUAUGCAGACAGUGUGAGCUUGUGAUACAUCACCGACUCGAGGAUUUGGCCAUGAAGUGUGAAGAAAGCAAAGGCGACGGACGACCACACCAGGAAUUCCUCAAAUGGAUCAGCGCUUGUCAUAAUUGUGGGGAGAAAACGAUGGAGUUUUUUUGUCUUAAUUGCAACAUGUAUCAGUGCGAGAACUGUUGUGCGACCAAGCAUCUGCAGCUAGAGCCGCACUUUUACUUUUGUGUCGAAGGAUCAUCACCAAAGAUGCUUCCUUUUGCUAGCUGGAACCUAAUGUUUGUGGAAAUGGUCAAGAUGAGCAAAGGUGACUUGCAAGACAGAGCUGCUGCAACAGACGUGAAAGCUGCUUUGGCAUCGCAACCUAUGAUGAAUAUGCCAGAAGUGAAGUAUAGCGCUUCGGCUGAAGCACAUGUUAAACUAGAGCAAGCUGUUAGAGCAACUACAACGAAUGCCACGACAGCAGCGCUGGGGAACUUGACAAUCGAUGGAUCUGUCCCUGACGGCACUCCUCCGCCUGUAGAUCACAAUCAUACGAGACAAGCGAAGCAUUUAUCUCGAAAGAAGGCUUCAUCCAUGAUUGACCUCACACUUGACGGCGAAAGCGAUGCCUUAAGUAAUGCGUCCUCUUUACCAUCAGCUCAGCCAAAUAUUAAAGAAGAGACCUGUGUUAAGACUGAAGAUGCGUGGUUAACCUCAGCUACCACUGCUCAAGAGAACCCAGUGUGCGACGUAGAAACAUUGAUGGAGAAUUCAAUGGGAGAGGAUGAAGAUCCUGUUUUGCGCUUUAUGAUUGUUGAGUAUAACCAGCUCAGCGGAAAGAUCUUCAACAUUGACCAGGAGGUUGAUCAUGUUCGGAAGAAGACAAAAGCAUUAUCGAGUUCUCAACCGAUCGAUAUACAGGAGGUGACUAGAACCCGCACGAGGGCAAAUAAACUUCGACAAGAAAAGGCAGAGUUGGAAAAAGCUCGAGAUGGAGUGGUGGCGAAUGUCGUUUAUUAUAUAAAAUCCGAUCCAGAGGAGCUGAAAGAGUUCUUGAAAACUUGUAUUGCUGACGUCUCGUAUGCUCAAACUGCGUGUCACCGUAAGUGUGCAACACUAGAGGCUAGCAUUCGUCAGAAUCUGGGGAAUAUCCGAAGGAUUCAGCGUGACAUGGAAGAGUUAAUCAACAUGAAAAAGGAUGCGUUUGCAGAGGUUACUCGUCUCGGAGUUGAAAUUGCACAAGGAGAACAAGAGGUUCGCAAUCUGGACAAGGUACGACAGGACGAAUUUUUGCGUCUAUGUCAGUUCAGCAAGUCGAUUCAGACUGCUGUGCGAGAGAUGGCUGCAAGUACUUAA